AGAGAGUAGAGUGAGAGAGAUCUCAAAAAAAGUAAAAACACACACACAAUUCUCUCUCUCUCUCUAAACCAAACUGAAAACUCCCUCUGCUUAUUUUGGGAGCGAAAGUUUUGGUAUUUUUUGUUUUGGAAAAAAAUGGCUGGUUACAGAGCUGAAGAUGACUAUGACUACCUGUUCAAGGUGGUGCUGAUCGGUGACUCAGGUGUGGGCAAGUCCAACUUGCUGUCCAGGUUCACUCGCAACGAGUUCAGCCUCGAGUCCAAGUCCACCAUCGGGGUCGAGUUCGCCACUCGGAGCUUGAAUGUCGAUAGCAAGGUCAUCAAGGCCCAGAUUUGGGAUACCGCUGGCCAAGAAAGGUACCGGGCCAUAACUAGUGCUUACUACCGUGGGGCCGUUGGUGCACUGCUUGUGUAUGAUGUCACUCGGCAUUCCACAUUUGAAAAUGUUGAAAGGUGGUUAAGGGAGUUGAGGGAUCACACAGAUCCAAACAUUGUGGUCAUGCUCAUUGGUAACAAAUCAGAUCUUCGUCACCUUGUGGCAGUCUCAACUGAGGAUGGGAAAUCCUUCGCCGAGAGGGAGUCCCUUUUCUUCAUGGAAACUUCUGCUCUGGAAGCAACUAAUGUGGACAAUGCUUUUGCAGAAGUUCUUACUCAGAUCUACCAUAUAGUCAGCAAGAAGGCCAUGGAGACUGGAGAUGAUGCAGCUGCAUCAGCUGUUCCUUCCAAAGGAGAGAAAAUAGAUGUCAGUAAAGAUGUUUCUGCUGUGAAGAGAGCUGGAUGCUGUUCCACCUAGGGUUUUAAUCUGCGUGGGAUGCAGCUGGUUUGUUUUGCUGCAUCUGUUUUUAUGUACACUAUAAUUUGUGUAAAAUUUUUUCAGAUGCCUACAGUAGGAGAUAGGCCAGAUGUGUUUCGUUUUUACUUCCGAUUUUUUUUUUUUUUUUUUUCCUUUUUUUUGGUGAAGUCUGAAAUUUUUAGCUAAGAACUUGUUUAGGAAUCGGGAUUUAUUGCUUUCAAAGGUGCUCAAUUUGCCCAAAAUUUGCACCCAAUGUUUGUAUGUUGACAUUCUUGCUCAGAGUUAAAGAGUUAAGACCCAUAAUCAAAAUUUCUCUAUCUGGCAAGCCAUGCACGUGGUCAGUUCCUGUGAA